AUCACAUCACAUCACCCCAGCUUAGCGUCAAAUAAAUAAAUAAUUCAACUGCCACCAACAUGAAGAAGGCUAUGCACUCCAGCUCAUAAUUUCCCAGCCGAUAAAACCGCCACCCAACUGAUACUCAAACAUAACAACCCUUCACUCCACUCCUCUCCUCUCUCCUCCAUAUAACCGGCCGGGUUCAACAACUGCUGCUUCGACCAUCAGUUCAGCCAGCGACGAACGACGACGACGACCCAGAAGAUAUAUCAUAUCAUCGACAUCUCCUCAUCAUCACCGCCAGAGCGAACCUUCAGGAUUGGUGCAUCUCUCUCUCUCUCUGGCUUGAUCUCCUUUGUUGUUGAUUUUUUGAUUUCUUUUUUUCUUGUUUCUCUGGCUUGAUUGAAUUGAUUGCGAUACUCUCCACACCAGCAACCCGAUCGCCCGAUCCCCUUCCCACAGGCUUUCUCUCCUCCCUCCCUCUCUCUCUCUCUCUUGACCCCCCAGAGAGUCUCUCCUAUAUUUACAUAUCUAUAAAGACCCCCUCCUGCAUCCUGGCUUUCCUCGUAUCUUCAUCCUCAUCGGCCUCAGAACAUCGACCCCAAAGAUCCUGAUCGACUUGCCUAUUACCUCGAUCAUCUCCCCCAGCCCAGUCCCCCAAAAAAAAAGCAGACAAACCAUUGUUUUGAUUCCUGAUCCUACUCGGUCUCGUUUAGAUAUCAACCCAACACCUCUCCUCCUACUCCCUCUAGUUGACCGCUUUCCAUUUGAUUCAAUAAACCCUCAAAAAAAGAACCAUCAUCACAUAGAAUUUCUUUUUCUCCUACAUAUUCCAAAAAGCAAAACCACCAAAAAAGAAACCGUUCGAUAAACCAAGGUUGUUUCCCACUUUCACUUUCUUACUCACAAUACAUAGAUCAAGGACUCUUCUCUUUUUUUUACCUCUCUCGUUUGUACCUCUGAUCAUCUCCAAUCCCAAUCCGUAUAGAAAACUCUUUCUCCUCUCCCCCAGCUUAUAUAGAUUUGUUUUGUUACAUAAAUUAUCCAUCCGAUCACGACCCCAAUAAUUAUUCUCCGACUUCUCACAAUCAAUCGGGCUCUCAUAUCGGCAGAGUUUAUAACACUCUAUCAAGACAUCGGACCAAAUACCAUUAAACACACAUUAUCUAUUUUUCCCAGCAUCCACACUUUGCUCAUUCUUUGUUUUCAUUUUAAUUUUGUAUGUUCUUUUUUUGUUUUUCUUACAAUUGAAGCGCCCCUCCCAUCAUCAAACUCAAAAAAAAAGAUCUUCACACCCUGAUCGGCUACGUGUUUUUUUUUCUCUCCCUUCCGCUCGACAACCUAUUCUCACACCCCCCCUCCCCUGACGUGCGAAUUGAUUCAUAUACACACACAUAGAAAAAAAAACAGCAAUAGUAAUAUAGAGUUUUCAUUCAUUUCUUCUUCAUCGCAGGGCAUCCUCAUCCAACUGAAGGGCCAUCCCAUCCCAUCCCAUCUUACAUAUAUAUAUAGGCACUGUCUUUCGGGAUUAUCAUCCCCGCCCCACUCCAGCCACUCCCCCAGCAUACCGUAACAAUUCUCAUCUUACAAGAAAGAAAACAAAACAAACUGAUCCGUCCUCUUUCCUUUGGGCGACGGUAGAAAGAUCUACAUAGACCAUCCUUCCAACCCUUUUCAUCGUCUUGAACAACCCACCACCACCACCACCCACCAAAAAAGAACAAAAACAAAACCAUGUACAUGGAUCCCUACACAGCCAGCGGCAAUCCCGCGAUCGACCCCAGCCUUCCACGCCACUCCUCGGGAUCACCAAACCUUGUUGAUUCGAAUGAUAAACAGAUUCAGAAUCAGCCGGAGCUUGCUGAGGAUGAGAACGAAGAAGAAUCCAACUUUGGCGAAAUCGGGAUGUUUGGCGAUUUCUGUCUAAUGUGUGGUGAGAUGAUCGAUGGCGAGGUCUUUGAUGGUAGCGCUUAUUGCUCCGAGGAAUGCGAAUAUCAUCAACGUAUCACCUCCGAAUCUGACUGGUGUGAUCUGAGUUUGGAAGGUUAUCAACUUCCAAGUUAUGGUUGUUCAACAGCUGUUUCGUCAGCCAGAACGAGUCCAUUGAAUUCGCCGAAUCUACAAGCCUCGGGAAGACUGGCGAUUCUUUGCUCGGGUCCCCCGCCCUGUGAAUUACUCUUGCCGCUAGAUUUGGGCGAAAGGUUGUUAGGUGCGAAGGCGGUAGCCGAGCGAUACUUGGAAAAUCGACCCAAGUCGUGGCAGGAGGAAGGAGAAGAGACGGAGGAGGGGAAGAUGAAGAAGAAGAAGAAAGAGGAUGUCGAGGAACGGAUCAGCGGUGCUGAUGAAGGGGUCGAGGAAGCGGGAGACCGAAAGCGCGCCGGCGCCGGCCAGUCUUCUUCAUCCCUUCAUUCUUCGACCAUCACCCCAUCCCAAAAACCAUUGGUCUCAACUGGCUCCCAUCUCAAGUCCCGUCCCGCACUGGCCCAACUGAGCGACCUCGAAGACUUCUGGGGUCCACCGAGCAAGCAGACCGCUUCGACCAGUCGGCCUGCCAGUCCACAUUCUCUCGCCUCGAUCGACCCGCCCUUGCCUAGCUCCUCAACCGUUAAUCCAAACUCUGGUCAGACUCUUUCUAGCUCUCGUCGUAGAGUCUCUGAGCCGGUCUUCAGUCACUCCCAGCCGAUCGAAGUCUCCCCCUCUAAUCCUCAUCUCUACCACUCUUCCUUCUCGCUCACCUCUCUCUCUUCUCUCUCUCCCUCUUCUUCGCAAGAAUGUGCUCAGUCUUGUUGCUCUACUCAUUUCGUUUGAGAAAAAUCCUCCCUUCCAGCUUCCUUACUUCACUACUUCCUACCUCUUUCUUCUGCUUUUCUUUCUACCUUUUUUUGGAAGCGGGUUUUCCUUUUCCUUUUUU